CGGCUUAUGGACUCAUCCCCUAUACCCCUGCAGGCUUCCCAGUUUACGUUCCCGGCCCGCUCGCCGGUCGGUCUCUUCCCCUGCAGCGAUGGGAUGGGGAUGGGAGACUCUCUGGAGAAGCAGUCUGGUGGCGCACCCAGAAUGUCCCACGCCCCGCCCGGUCCAGCAGCCGGGCCGAGAGGGUCUCCUGCCUGGCUCGCCAAUUGACGUGCGGAACAAACUCUACAACACGGUGAAGGGUUAUGAACCAGGGGGAGGCCUGGCGCCUGGAGGAUGACUGCACACAUCCCCCCUGCGACCCCCAGCUCGGCACGGCCGUGCAGGACGCUCCCUUCAGCUGCUUCCGCACCUGCUCCUUCUACACGAGGAAGAGCCCGUCUGUGGAUAAGCAACCGCAUGGGUGCCCUCAGCUACGCCCCGCACCCCGCUGAGAGCGAGGCCGAGCGCGUCAAAGCCAAGCUCGGGCGGCAGUUUGCCUUUGCUUCUCUGCCUGCCGUUCUGCGUCUCCCCGGGACCUUGCUCCCGGGCCCGCUCAGGGUGUCCCCGCGUUGCCGCAAGAAGAGCGGCUCGGUGCUGCCCCCUGGCGGAAACGGGCCGCGGUGCGCUCGGCGCUGCCACCCGGUGGCGACGGGCGGUAUUGCAGCCGGGGCCGGUGCGGCGCUGCCUCCCGGUGGCGGAAAACGAGAUCGCAACGUGACCUUCCUCACGUUCUUCUUCACGCGGCUGGAGCGGAACCGCAGCGGCCGCUACGAGCGCGAAUUCCCGUUCGUGUCCCGCUGCGGCGCGGAGCGCAACCUCCUGCGCUGCGAGCACAGACCCAUCGUCUUCACCCGCCUCCUGCCCCCGGACGCCUCCUCCUCAGCCUCCUCCUGCUCCCGCCGCGCCGUGCUGUCGUUCUGCGGCGGCGGGGAGCGGCUGGCCGCGCCGCUCCGGCCCGAGGCGCUGGUGAUGCUGCCGGAGAACGGGCGCUUGUACCACCCGGCGCCGGGCCGGGCGGGGGGCGCGGGGCCGGUGCGCUCGGCGCUGGCUCUGGAGUGGGGGUCCCGCUUGGAGUACGAGCAGGGGCCGGAGCAGCCCCCGACUCACUUUUGGUGGGAGGGGAAGAGGUAUCGGCUCACGGGGGAGCUGGUGCAGCUGCUGCGGGGAGGGGAAGGGGCGGGGGAGGCGGAGAGCGGCGGAGCCGCGGGGCGGGGGUGA